CACACACACACGCGCGCGCACACACACACACACACAAACACACACACACGGGUCGCCCGGUGCUACCGGUGAGAAAUGUCCGGCACCGCGGAGCCGCAGCAGUGACUUUGUGACAGAGGCGAGUCGAGUGGGUUUUGUCGAGAUGAACCGUCGCCGGGGCCGUUGUCGUUGUGGUGUUUUCAUCUCGAGAGACGCGUCGAUAACGAAGCGGCACGUCGGCAUUUUCUCGCCCGCCCGCCGCCCCCCCACCCCUCGCGCGGGUCCGGCCACUGUCACACGGGCGAACCGAAGUGUUGAUACGCUGCAGCGACCCGACGCUGCUGCUAGCUUGAAGCUAACUAGCCCCCAAAUCUGGGGCCGGCGUUGAGGGGGGGGGUCCACAAAAAAGAGGGAAAAAGUGAAAGUCCUUCUAUCUGUUGUCGACUCGUGCAUGUCCAGCAAAUACUUUAGCCUUUAGCUGGUGCGGCUCGUGCAACGUAACACGGUCGCUCUGUAAUGGCUGCACAAGUGAGCUAAUGUAGCCAGGUGUGGUGGUGGUGGUGGUGGUGAUGAUGAGAGUGAAGGAGCAUCUUGUUGCAGGAGCAGGAUAAUCUACGAGGCUUUGUGUCUCAGACAGCCAUGUGAGCCGCAAGUUGCUCUGUGAGUGCAGAGCAACUCACACCCACCCCCCUGUGAUCUUAAUGCUCUCGAGCUGCCGCCGUCCAAUUCUCAGAACGGAUCGGAGUCGGCAUGCACAGGAAGACAGGUAAUGUUCUGUAAAUGGCUCUUCAGGCGAGACACAGAGGUCGUCGCAGCAGUUCCAUGUCCGGCAUUCAGCUCGUCUUUACCUGCUCGGCUAUUUGAAGACACCGGCGCCCGGCAGAGCGGAGAGCGGCCUCGUGGAAACGGUGAAUCUGGACCGUGCCCACAUCUUGCAUCAAAGACACUGAGUCUUUGAUUUUUUCAGUCUGAUUUUUUUUUUUAAGCCUAUGAAACAAAACUUUGAGCAGAUUGUAUGUCUUACCAACUGCAUUCCCUUCCAGCAUGGAUGCUCUCUUUGAAUCAGGUUGACUGUUUCUCACCUCAUCCCCUCCUUCCUGUCUCUUUAGCAGAGGGAAGGUGGGGGAUUGGUGUGGCGUCCCCUGCCUCUCCUUGUAGAACACGCCAGUCUUAACAAGGUACCACAGUGGUCAAUCUUUUCCAUUUCUCUUUGUGGCCCUAUACCAACACCCAUCCGCUCUAUCCCUCUUCAUGAAAUCCUGCCAGAGCCUCAAGGACGAGGUUUCCGUCCCCAGCCUUGGCGGGAUGUCACAGGAGGAAGGACGCAGGGCGCCGGUGAACCAGUCCUACUUCCACUCCCCUAAUCCGGAUCUGGACCUGACGGGCAAGCUUUACAAGAGAGAGGUCGGUGGCAAACCUUACUCUGUGUUGGUGGACAAUAAGAUGGCGGCCAAGGCAUCUGCGGCAGAUCAGAACAUUGGUCACGUGACUCCACAGCAGCAUCAGCAGUAUUUCAGAGAGGGGGGAGCCGGUCAGGAGGUGGAGACGCAGGGGCCCCAGGCCGGCAACAACGGCACCUCCGACGACACCGAAGAAGAUGACGACGAGGAUGAGGAAGAGGAGGGUGAGGAUGAGGACGCUGAGGAGGAGGAGGAAGAGGGCUUCAAGCGUGAGCAGAUCAUUGUGGAGGUCAACCUGAACAACCAGACUCUUCAUGUGUCCAAGGGGGACAGCAAAACUGGAACCACAGCAGAUGACUCAGAUAGAGCUGGCAGCGACGAUGAGGAGGAAGAUGAGGAGGAGGAAGAGGAGGAGGACAGCCCUGAUGAAGAAGAAGAAGAGGAGGAAGACGACGAGGAAGAUGAGAUUGAAAGCCGAAGAACAAGGUCAAAAAGGGCCCGUCGGAGUGUGAGCAGCACGGCGGCUCCCAGCCAGCCGCGGAGGAAGAGCCUCCGAACGGCUCUGAGCAUCGCCCCCUCUGCCGGCGGAAUGACCACCAGGGGGCGACGGAAGCGCAUGGAGCCCGCGAAGAGCAUGCGCCGGUCGGCCAGGUCCGCGCUGUCGUCCGCGGGCUCCACGGCGGCGGCGGGGGGGAAGGCCGACGCGGAGGAGAAGGAGAUGCUGGCGUGCGAAAAGUGCCCGCGCGUGUUCAACACCCGCUGGUACCUGGAGAAGCACAUGAACAUCACACACAGGCGAAUGCAGAUCUGUGACAAGUGCGGCAAAAAGUUUGUCCUGGAGAGUGAGCUGGCCUUACACCAGCAGACUGACUGCGAGAAGAACAUCCAGUGCGUCUCCUGCAACAAAUCCUUUAAGAAGCUGUGGUCUCUGCACGAGCACAUCAAGAUCGUGCACGGCUACGCAGAGAAGAAGUUCUCGUGUGAAAUCUGUGAGAAGAAGUUCUACACCAUGGCUCACGUCCGUAAGCACAUGGUUGCUCACACUAAGGACAUGCCAUUCACUUGUGAGACCUGCGGGAAGUCGUUUAAACGCAGCAUGUCUUUAAAAGUUCACUCCCUCCAGCACUCUGGAGAGAAACCCUUCCGUUGUGAGAACUGCGACGAGCGGUUCCAGUACAAGUACCAGCUGCGCUCGCACAUGAGCAUCCACAUCGGACACAAGCAGUUCAUGUGCCAGUGGUGCGGCAAGGACUUCAACAUGAAACAGUAUUUUGACGAGCACAUGAAAACACACACAGGAGAGAAGCCGUUCAUUUGUGAGAUCUGCGGAAAGAGCUUCACCAGCCGGCCCAACAUGAAGCGUCACCGCCGCACGCACACAGGCGAGAAGCCGUACCCCUGCGAGGUGUGCGGCCAGCGCUUCCGCUUCUCCAACAUGCUCAAAGCGCACAAGGAGAAGUGUUUCCGGGUCACCAGCCCCGUGGUUCUGCAGACCAGCGGCCCGCCCGUGCCUGUCCGCAUCUUCAACACCUUCUCCUCCUCUUCCUCCACCGGCCCCGGCCCCUCGGCCGGCAACCCGGCCACCACCUCAGCUCCCCUGGGCCUCGGCGGGACGGGAGGGCCCCUGCCUCCUCGGGCCCCCGUGGGACACGCGUUCUCCCACGUGCAGCUCCACUCGUCCCCUUCUCACCACCACCCCCACCCCUCGACGACAACCCAGCAGCACCUCUCCAAUGCCGCGCCCCAACACGCCCCGCCUCACCCCCACCACCACCUGGCCGUGCCCCCGGUCGCCCACCUUCCCCCGCCCCCGGCCCUUCUCAAGAGUGAGCCCCUGAACCACUGUGGGCACGAAGACAGCGGCUACCUGCACCACAUGGCCCAUCCCGACAAGGGUCCCGGAGCCCCGCAGCACCACUGAACUGUCUCUCUCGUCUCAUAGUCCAGCCUCAUUCCCUGAAUACAACUGUAUUUCUUCUCAAACCCAUUUAAAAACUUAAACUAAACACACACCUGCGUAUGUGUGAAAGACUGAUACACAUUAUUUAAGUCCCCAACUUAAAAAACUCUGGUCAACUGACAAAGAUUUUAGAACCUCUAGGUUUUGGCGGAACAUUUUCUAAGGUAAACUACACAAAAGGAAUUCUGUGUGUGAGUUCUCCAUCUGUACAUUGAUCUCAUUUUUCAACUUAAGCUGCUGACAAGUUGGCUUUUUUGCGCAAGGUCCCACCCACAGCAAUACUCGAACCUGCCCACCCGAGUUGUGACUGCAGAGCCUUGGGGGCAUCACACACGUGUGUUUUUAUGAAUGUUGUAACUGUUUCUACCUGAGUCCUUCUCUCCCCCGAAGUCAAAAAGGCUGAGGCCUUUUCUGUCACAGGGCUGCGGAAGAAAGCGCAAGAUGCAGUGCCAUAGGUCGGGGAUGGGGGAUGGGGGAAGGGGGGGAAAGGGGAUUUGGGGGGGGCAUUUGUAAAGGACGUUGAAAACUUGUGUUUUGUAAAUGCGUAGUUGAAUCUAUGACAUAGUCUGAGAUUCAUAUCAAGGAUAAAUGGUGCUUUCCAUUCCAGUACGUAAGAUAUUUCUUAAUUAUUUUUUUUUUGCUUUUCCAGUUGAUUUCUUUUGUUUUUGUUUUUUGUUUUUUUGAGUGUAAUAUUACAUAUUCACAUGUAUUGUGUCAUAGAAGACCACGUCUUGCCAGCCGGGCUUUUCUACAAUGGAAUUCUUUUUUUUUUUUUCUUCUUUUUUUUUCGAAACGUGAAACUUAAUUGUAUGCAGGACACGCGCUUUAUAGCCUCACGCUUACUCGAAGCACACGCAAAACACACACACAGAGACCACGCGGUCACUGAUUUACUAAACUGUGAUCAGUGCAACCUCUUUCAGAUAACGGAUGAACUGUCAAUAUACUGCCACUGUGAGGGGCCGGACACACGGGCCCCAUCAGGAUCUACACCCCCUCCUCCUCCCUUCGCUGCUGACGAAACGAUACGGGUUACCAUGUCAAAGGUCAUUCGACACACACACACACACACACACACACACACACACACACACACACACACACACACACACACCUGGGACCUUUUUCUCAUCACAGGUCUUAACAGACAAUUAUGCAUAUUCCUUCUCUCAGCCUAUAUUCCAUGGUUCGGUGUAGGGCGCUGUAAUGUAAAGCUUCGGGGGUUUUUUUUGACUUUCAUCAUACUGACAUUCUUGGAUCCACACCAGGCACGAAGCGUCUGAAAAAAAACCUGUUGAAUGUUGCCUAUACGCAGAAUGACGGCUCAUUGAGUCAUUUGGGUUAUAUAUAUAUAUAUAUAUAUAUAUAUAUAUAUAUAUAUAUAUAUAUAUAUAUAAUUUUUUAUUAUGUUCUCUUUGAUUAAUUUACUCAGUUUUGAAAGCUAACGAAUGGAUCCGUAGUGUAGAGAUAAACUGUUGUUAGCACAUGAUAGGAAACGUCAGGACAAAAAAGACGACUUGGAUACUCGGAAUUCUCGCGUAGAUAAAGCAGAUACGUGCGAUCGAGUCGGCGCGAGACUUUACAUUUUAGUUAAUGUAAUGGCCAAUGGUGCGAAUGUUGUUUGACGGUGUGUUGAGGAGGAACGUUGUGGACUAAGGAGGAGGGGGGAGUGUGUGUGUAAGUGUGCAUGUGUUGUGUCCGUGUGGUAAUGUCCCCGGUGCUCUUGUACCAAAAGCUGCGUCUCACACAGUGUGCCGUAUACGACGUUUCAGUAUUUGGGGGAAACAAGAGAUGGACAAUAGCAGUAAAUUUAACAUCUUUCUACUAGAGCCCGACCGAUAUGGAUUUUGGGGGCCGAUAUCGAUAUAAGGGGGGGGGGGGGGGGCAAGAUUCCCGAUACAGAUGUCGAUAUCAGACCGUUAUGACAAAGAAAUGUAAUCGAGGCUUGAAUAUUUUAGUUUAACCGUAAGCUGGAUCAUGAAUAAGUAUAAAUUAAAAAAAUAUUACAAAUACAACCAAAUAAAUAGAACUCGAAUUACGAAAAAUAAACAUUUAUUUCACCUAAAAUGUAAAAACAUGAACGUUUACAUUUAAAGGCUCAUAUCAGUUGGCCAACAUAUCGGCCGGGCUCUACUUUCCACCACUCGCACAGUAUUCAGUCUGAAGUGGUUAAGCUCAGUAGGUUUGGAUGAAACCCCCCCCCCUUUGUUUUUAUUUUAAAUUUUUUUUUUUUUGAUUUGAGACCUGCAACUAUCCUGCCAUUUCUUCGGGUCUUUAAGAAAGCUCCGCGUUAUCCGAUUACCAUGCUGUCCCAUUUGGUUUUCACUGCAGUGCUUUCAGCAUUUUUUGCAGUAUGAAUCUUUUUGACUUCAAAUUUUUAUUUUCCUUUUUCCGUGAGCCUUUUUUUCAUUUGUGUGUAUUCUCUGCACUUUACUGCUGCGUGGGCGAGGGCGCAGGGAAGGGGGGAGGGACUGACGAUGCAUUGUGGAAACCCGAGUUGCAGUUUGUGGCUGCACGGCGGGAAAAGGGUGGAGGUGAUUUACUUUUUUCGAGUUGAUGUUUUUUAGGCAAAGGAAAAGGAGGAGAAUCCACGGGGCGGAGGCGGCUAGUGUGGAAGGGACCAGAGCAAAAAAGAACAGGACAUUUCUUUUAAGAUAUGUGCUUAAAUUUUUAUUUCCAGACCUCUACGGACCUUCCCUCAAAUUGGAAAGCGAUGUUCCUCGAGGCUUUGGCGACUUCCCACAAGCCGCUCCGAGCUACGUCUCAAUCACACACUCUUUUUUUUUUUUUAUUGUCCAUUAUAUUUCUCUCCGUCUACGUCUCUCCAGAUUUUAACAAACGAUUCUCCUCCAACUUUUUCUUUUGUUAUAUAGAAUGCACUUUCUACUAAAAAGAAUUAUUGGCUAGUUAAGUAAAAAAAAUAAAUAACAUUGUAUAUUCUUCUUUAAAGAUGUUUUUAAAAAAAAUCAAUAUACUUUUUUUUUCCCAGCCCUCUUUGUAUUUUUAACCACUUAAUGUAGCAUUGCGUAUUUUAUUAUUGUAUCUGGUACAAAAUGUGCAGCUUUAUAAUGUCCUGGUUUGUCUUUCUUUUCUUUUUUUUCUAUGUUACCUGGAGAUUGAGGAGAAGUGGGGGGAAAAAGUUGGGCCUUUUUUUGAUAAUAUACAUUUAACUGACUGCUAACUUUGAGAAGUAAAAACGAGUAGCCAUGAUUAUCACAUA